AUGAAUAUGUUGGAUGAUGAAGAUGACCAAAGCUUUCACGCUACGUGUGACGGCUACUCCCAUUUGAGCGAUGUCGAAUGGUAUGCGGUUGAACGAAUGGGUUCAACCAUGGGCAUCCAUGCUGUUAGCGUCAUGCUAGAGGCUCUCAAUAGAGAUGCCCAACAUGCUACUAUCGCCAAGUUCAUUCAAAAUGAACUUGACGCUGUACGCGAGAAAGUAGCCUUGCUUCACCAACAAGGUUCUCAACAAGCAGAGUUGUUGAGAGGACAAGGUGCUCAACAGUUUGGACUGUUGAGACAGCAGCAGAGCUGCUGCUGGCGGGUCGAUGCACUCGCGUCGGCCCGAGACUUUGAAGAUUGA